AUGAACACUCAUUACGUCGAAUCAGCACAGACAAUGGUUAUCGCACCCGAGGAGGGUGAUUCAGACCCGUGGAGCUCGAGCGACGACGGAGAUUCCUCUAGUGAAAACGAGACCGAGAGUGGAGGAAACAGUGCAUCUAGCACGUCCGACCCUGACGAAGACUACGGCCUUCCACCCGCCGUCAAAAGUGCAUACCAUCUACAUCUGAAAUACGAAGAUAAAGCUAUGCGUGCCUUGGAACAUGCUACGGCGAUGAUAGAAGAAGAAGAGUCGACACAAGAAGCCGCUAGCGGAUCAAUCAACGCCCCAACCUUACCUAUCUGUGGUGAAUAUACGUUGUAUUCUCCCGUAUACCUCCAGACUCACUAUAAGAACUUUCCAACUCUUUGGACCGACCAGUUCGCCAGCACAUGGACGGCAGGCAGUAUCUGUUUCGAGAAACAUUUGGGAAGUGAUGGCGAUCUUGGGGCUGAAUGUGUAAUCCCUGGGAUCGAACGUCCCCUUACAUUCGGGUAUUUCGAGGCAUUGGACCGCGUUUGCCAGGGAGAGCGCCGCCCGGAAGACAAUGGUGUCAUUUCUCCGAACGAGGAUACAAAAGGCAUAUCACUGUGGUUCUGUGAGGGUCCAUAUUUGAUCAUUGCGAUACCACCGGAAGAACUGGGUGGUACUGCUGAUGAGUACUACUACGUGUUCGUUGGGAUCCUGGAUAGAACAGAAGAAGACAUGGCAACUACAGGACUCGUAACGGACUAUAAGAGCAGAUCAGCAUCACAAAACGAAGCGCCGUACACCUUCACUUUACCCCAAAGUCGCACACGAUAUCUUGCGCCGACGUCUUCGACUGGACCGAAACCCAGCGAUCAAGGUUCAUGUCAGCUAUGCAGGCGUGCUGAUCUCUUUUCCGUUCACAAACCAGGACGAACAAAACUUGAGAAACCAGAAGCUGCGAGCGCGGGCCCAGCAGGUACUGUACCACCAAGCGAAAGUCCGGAUGAUGUCUACGAGAAGGCCCUUGCAAAACAAUGGAUCUACCAUUUCAACUGGAAGGAUUUCGCAUUCUUUGUGUGGCAAUCGAUUUUCCGUCGAAAAGUCUUUCCCAUGGAGUCCCUGCAGGGAAAAUGGGCACUGUAUUCAGUUGAUUACCUUACCUCGACACGUCAGUCAUGGUGUAAACAUCAAAUCAACUCGGACUACAGCGUUGGAACAUUACGCAUAAAUACAUGUGGCUACAGCGACAACCAAAGCAAGUACUACCCACAGGGAGCCUACUACUACCCACAAGGAGCCGAGUUUCGUUUAGCUGGACAAGAUACGUAUCUGUGGACGCCAUUUCAUGUCCCAUACACAUCGACAGGGGAUCAGGAGAAGGAAGAGCAGUAUCUUAUGAACCGGCGUACGGGGGAGAAACGUCGGUUUUAUGUGUCUUACUUUAGUCAUGGCAUAUUGCAGUUUUGGAUCCCUGCGCAAUCGAUGGGAGGGAAAGAGCGUGAGAAUGCCGAUGUCAACAUCUACGCUGUACAUGACUGUGCGCAAGAGAUGGAAAAGAUUUGGGAACUGUGCCGUGUAGAAAUGGGUGACUGUGCGCAAAAGAUGGAAAGGAUUUGGGAACUGUGCCGUGUAGAAAUGGGUGCAGAUCGGAGUAGCUAA